AUGUACUGGUAUUCCCUUUCAUCUUUUGUCCUUUCAUCAAUCCUCCCUCCUCUUACACAUUCCUCUUUCACAUUCACCCCCUUUUGUCCUUUCAACCCCUAUUCUCUCCAUUCCUCCCUGUACCCCCUGGUACUGUAUUCCACUUUCCUUCCUUUCAUCCUUUUGUCCUUUCACCCAAACCCCCCUCUUUUCCUUUCCUAUUCUCCUUUCACAUUCUCUUACAUCCUGUUAACCCCCCUAUGUACUGGUGUAUUCCUUUCAUCUUUUUGUCCUUUCAUCAAUCCUUUCAUCUUUUCUCUUUCACAUUCUAUUCUCCCUGUUAACCCUAUGUACUGUGGUAUUCCCCUUUCAUCUUUUUGUCCUUUCAUCAUUUUGUUUCUAUUCUCUUUCCCAUUCACUCCCUGUUCACCCCUAUGUACUGGUUGGUAUUCCCCUUUCAUCUUUUGUCCUUUCAUCAAUCCUCCCUCUAUUCUCUUUCAAAACAUUCACUCCCUGUUAACCUCCUAUUCUCUUUCAUUUCCUCUGUUAAAACCCUGUCCUCUUAACCCAUUGCUUCUUUUUAUUGCCUUUCAUCUUUUGUCCUUUCAUCCUUUCUAUUCUCUUUCAUUCCUCCCUUUAAUUUUCUUAUGUACUCUUUGUCCUUUCAUCCAUUUUAUUCUCUUUCAAUCAUCUCUUUCACUUUCAGCCCCUUAUUCCUCCUAUUCUCUUUCACAUUUCCCUCCUGUUAUCCCCAUUUUGGUUGGUAUUUCUUUCAUCUUUUGUCCUUUCAUCAUUUGUCCCUAUCUCUUUCACAUCAUCCCUUUUAACCCCUAUUUCGUCAUCUUUAACCCCCCCUAUGUACUGGUAAUCCUCCCUUUCAUUUUUUUUCAUUCCUCUAUUCUCUUUGUUAUUUCCUUCAUCCCCCUUUUACUUUUUCCUUAUCAUUUUGUCCUAUUCUCUUUCACAUUCAUCCAUUUUAGUUCCUAUGUUUUGCUUCAUUUUAUCUUUUACAUCAUUUUUCCUUCAUCCAUAUUAGUUCACUCUCUGUUUACCCCAUAUUUUUUAGGCAAUUCUUUCAUCUUUGUUUUUCAUAAUCCUGCCUAUUUCUUUCCCCUUCCUCCUUUAAACCCCUUUUUAUGUUUUGCAUUUUGGUUUCAUCUUUUGUCCUUUCAUCAAUUUUUACUUUCUCUUUCCACAUUCACCUGCUUCCCUAUUUCAUCCCAUUUUCUCUUCGUCCGUUUUAGAUCCUUCCAUUUUUUUGUCCUUUCAUCAAUCCUCAUCUUUCCUUCAUCCUCUUUAACCCCCUCUGGUAGUAGUUUUUCAUCUUUUUUUAUUCCCUUUCAUCUUUUGUCCUUUCAUCAAUUUUUCUCUUUCCAUUCGUUUGAUAACACUAUUUGCCUUCAUCCCUUUCAUCUUUUGUCCUUUCAUCAAUUAUCCUAUUCUCUUUCAUUCAUCCAUUUUAACACCCUUGUGUUUUCCCUUUUAUCUUUUGUCCUUUCAUUUUUUCCUCCUUUCUUAUCCAUUUUAGUACCUUUAACCCCCUUUUUAUCUUUUUUUACCUUUCAUCUUUUUUCCUUUUCUUCCUCAUCCAUUUUUAUACUGCAUUGCCUUUUUCUUUUGUCCAUUUCAUCAAUCCUCUAUUCUCUUUUUUAUUCCUCUUUUUUUUCCCUAUGUGCUAUUGAUCCUUUUCAUCUUUUUUCCUUUCAUCUCCAAUUCUUUAGUUCACUUAUGUUCCUGCUGGUGGUAUUUUUUUGUCCUUUCAUCCUCCUAUUCUGUUCACAUUCAUCCUUUACUGAGUUGUUUUCACUUUCAUCUUUUGUCCUUUCACAUCAAUCCUCCCUAUUCUCUUUCAGUUCCUCCCUGUUUUUGCUUCAUCUUUUUAGUUCCUUUCAUCUUUGUCCAUUUCAUCCCCAUCUUUCCUUUUUCUCAUCCAUUUUAGUUCGUCAGUUCAUUCAUUUGUUCCACAUCUUUCUUUUCAUCUUUUGUCCUUUCUUCAAUCCUCCUUUCUCUUUCACAUUUUUUCCUUUAUCCCCUAUGUACUGUUAUAUUCCUUUUCAUCUUUUGUCCUUUCAUCAAUCCUUUCUAUUCUCUUUUACAUUCCUCCCUGUUUAUUUAUAUUUUAUGGUAAUCCUUUCAUCAAUUCAUUUUUUCUCUCCACAUUUUCCUUCCCUUUUUUUAUUCCCUAUGUAUUGUUUCAUAUUCCCUUUCCUCAUUUGUCCUUCAUCCAUUUCCUAUUUUCUUUCCACAUUCAUCCUUUCCUUCAUCAUUUUAGUAUUCCUUAUGUUUUCUAUUCUCUUUCCUAUUCCACUCCCUUUCAUUUUUUAUGUACCAGUCACCUUUCCUUCAAACUUUUUCCUUUCAUCAAUCCUCCCUAUUUUUUUUCAUAUUUCGCCCUUCAUCCAUUUUAGUUCCUCAUAUUCCCUUUUCAUUUUUUGUCCUUCCAUCAUCCUUCCCUUCUCUUUUAAUUCCACUAUGUUUUUGCUUCCCCUAUUUUCUGGUUCAAUUCCCUUUCUCCAUCUUUUUAGUUCCUUUUUAUCAAUCCUUCAUUUUUCUUUCACAUUUCACUCCUGUUCACCCCUAUUUCCUUAUGUUUUCCCUUUCAUUUUUUUAGUUCCUCAUCCUCCCUAUUCUUUUUUAUUUUGCUCCUUUCAUCUUUGUCCUUCCAUCCAUUUCUCUUUCACAUUCCUCCUAAACCACCUUACUGGUAACUUCACUGUUUUUGUCCCUCAACCCUUUCUCUUUCUUCAUCUAUUUCACCCCUAUUUCCUUUCAUUUGUCCUCCCUUUUCUCUUUCGUUCCACCCUCUUAACCCCCAUUCAUUCCCUUUCAUCACACAUCCUUUCAUUUUUUCGUCCCUAUUCUCUUUCCUUUCAUCCUUUUUACCCCCUAUGUACUGGUUAUUUCCUUUCAUCUUUUUUCAACAUAUUCCCUUUCAUCUUUUGUCCUUUCAUCAAUUGUCCCAUAUUCUCUUUCCAUUUUCCUCCAUUUAACCCCCCUAUGUAUCCUCAUGUAUUUCCUUUCAUCUUUUUUCCUUUCAUCAAUCCUUCCUAUUAUCUUUUAAACCCCCUAUGUACUGGUUAUUCUCUUUUCAUCUUUUCCUUUCAUUCAAUCCUCCUAUUCUCUUUCCCCACAUUCCUCCCUGUUAACCCCUUAUGUUUUUGGUGGUAUUCCUUUCAUCUUUUGUCCUUUCAUCAAUCCUCCCUAUUUUCACAUUCCUUUAAACCACCUAUUCCUCCUUUUGUUAACCUGCAUUCUUUCACAUUUCACUCCCUGUAUGUGCAGGUAGUAUUCCUCAUCUUUGUCCCUUUCAUCAAUCCUCCCUAUUCUUUCACAUUCCUCCCCUUAUAUGUACUUUUCAUCUUUGUCCUUUCAUCAUUUGUCAUUCUCUUUCAUUCACUUUUUAAUUUCUCUGGUAUUCCUUUCAUCUUUUGUCCUUUCAUCAAUUCUUUUCUCUUUCAUUCCUCCCUGUUAUUUCCUUCAUCCUUUUCAUCUUUUGUCCUUUCAUUAAUCUUCCUAUUCUCUUUCACAUUUUCCCUUCCUCCACCUAUGUACUUCACAUUCCCUUUCAUCUUUUGUCCUUUCAUCAAUCCCCCUAUUCCUUUCUAUUCCCUCCCUUUAACCCCCUAUCAUGGUAGUUUCCUUUUCAUCUUUUUGUCCCAUUCAUCAAUUCUAUUCUCUUUCACAUUCCUCCCUGUUAACCCCUAUUGGUAUUCCCUUUCAUCUUUUGUCCUUUCAUUCUCUUUCAAUUCCUCCCUAUUAUUAUUUCCUUUCAUCUUUUCUUUUCAUCAAUCCUCUUUCUCUUUCAAUUCCCCCCUAUGUAAACCAUAUGUACUGGUAGUAUUCCCCUUUCAUCUUUUUGUCCUUUCAUCAUUCCUCCCUAUUCUCUUUCCACAUUCCUCCUAUUAA